UAAAAACGAUUAAUUCUAGAUCCAAUUCAUUUAAAUCAUUGAAAAGUUUUACACAUUUAUCGAAUUUUAAUUUCAUUAUAUUAAUAAGAAUGAAUUUAAUUUUAAUGUUCUCAAUAUUUAUUACACUUUACCUGAUAUCUGAUUCAAGUUGUAACGAUUAUCCAAAAGACGAGGAGAAAAUGACAGUUGCGAUUACUACAGGAUGGAAAUCUUUUAGAUGUAAUUAUUAUUAUGAAAAUGAUGAAGCAUUAACAAAUAAAAAACAUAUCUCGGUAAGCUGUUUAGGUCGUUCUGAUAUCGAAUUGUCGUACAAAUAUGGUGGUAUAAUAUUAAAUUCAGUUUAUGUCUGUCUUAUGGAACAACUUUAUAAGAAAUAUACAAAUGCAGCAAAUUUUUAUAUGAAUUUAAAUGAAUAUGAUCAAAAAUUGAAUGGCUUACAAAAAUUAUGGAAAAGUAUAACUAUGUUGAAAAUUUUGAUAGUCCAUAUGAUAAACGGCCUUAAGUUUUUUAACUUUGAGGAAAAAGCUGUGCUUUAUAAUCUUGAAAAUUUCAAAAAAUUUAUAGAUGAUAACACUAAUAUAGUAAAUUGUAAUGAGCAUAAUAUUGAUAAUAAGUUUAAUAGUAUAAUCAAUAUUGUAGAAUUUGACAAAACUCUAAAGGAAUUUAAACAAAGACACGUUGUUGAAGUCAGAGUAGAACUUGAGAUCGUUAAAUUUAUUAAUUCCCUAUGUGGAGUUCAUGAUACGAAAAUAAAUGAUAACGAAUUAAUUGAUCCUGACCAGAAUAAUUUUAAAAUAAUAAUUAAAAAUGGUAUUUAUUCAUUUUAUUCACAAUUUGGAUUACAAUACUAUAUGUUCAAUCAGAACAUUAAGGAAGAAGAAAAAUUUAAUUUCACUUUUAAUUUCUAUAAAGAAAAAAUUGACGGUUCAAGUAGUAACCAACUUAAAAUCAUCUCUAAGUAUUACAAAAAAAAAUUUAAAGAAUAAUUGUAAGAAUUAAAAAGAUUAAUAAAAGUAGAAAAAUAAUAAGUUAUAAAUAUAAAAAAAAUAUUUUCAUUUUAUUUAAAUAAUUGUAUUGGUACAAAACAAAAUUGUAAUAUGUUGAUGACUAUGUUGCUAACUUUUGUUUUCAAUAAUGUUUCUUAAGCGUGAAUCAAUCUUUACAUUAAAUUAUUCAAUAUAAAUUAUUAUGUAUGUAAUAAAAAAUAAUUACUAUUAUAAUAACUCAUAAAAUAAGCUUGAAAAUAAAUAUAAUAUUGGACAA